AUGGUUGCCGCGGACACACCCUUCGAUCCAGCGCACCUGGUCCCGAAUCCUGGUAUGGAUCAUUCGCCAAAGAUGAAGGCAGAGCCUGGCGCCGAGUCUAGCGACCAGCAGGUUCUCUCGUACCCUCCUCAUGCGCAACUGAGCCAGAUGCCGAAUAUGCAGCAAGAUAUACGCUAUGCACCACAGACACAUCCACACCAAGGAUUGCCUCUUUUGCAGAAUACCUUUAUCCCCGGUGCCUACACUGGCGCUAGUCAAAUCCCGAACACUGCCCCUCAGGCGCGGGCGGAUCCUCCUCCAAAGACCUUUCACUGUGGGACUUGCAGCAAGGGAUUUGCUCGUCGUAGUGACCUGGCACGGCAUGAGCGCAUUCACUCGGGUAUUAGGCCCCAUGCAUGUGAUUGGCCAGGUUGCGGCAAACAAUUCAUCCAGCGCUCAGCUCUGACAGUGCACGCUCGUGUUCACACUGGCGAGAAACCUCACAUGUGUGAAAGAUGUGGCAAGCCUUUCAGCGAUUCGUCGUCUCUUGCUAGACAUCGCCGGAUCCAUUCUGGAAAGCGUCCUUACAAGUGCCCCUACGCAAAUUGCCAGAAGACGUUCACUCGCCGCACCACGCUGACGCGGCAUCAGAAUCACCACACAGGGACCAUUGAAGAGGCCGCCGCAGAGACUGAAGCCAACCUGAGGCAAAACAAGGAACGGGCAAGACUUUCGGGAGAUAUGUUCUCUGACCAUGGCUCUGCUCAUUCAACUCCUUCGCCAGCACACCACCCCAUCUCUCCCGUUGGCGAUCUGCCUCCGUUGAAUAUGCCGCGCUCUGAUUACUACAUGAGCAAUGGCUCCAUUCCACCUCAUAUCCGGGGUGGCUUUCCUCAAGUCAGCCCCCGAGCUUCUCCCACGGCUACAUCACCUUCCUUGUCCAGCUACGGCAGUGCUCCGCAUAUUCGCCCCUCAAUGACCUCGCAUCCAUCGGGAUAUGGCCCCCCCCAGCCGCUGGAGCCGCCUGCCAACAACGAUCACCGGCCCAACAGCGUCAGUGGUAGCCCGCAUAUGACUAGCUUGGGCUGGGCUUCCCCAUCGCAUUCUAGUAUUCCUUCUCCUGGCUCUGCCACCGACUUUGGGUACCCUGAGCAGAGCGGAGCGGCGUAUCCAAGCUCUAUGCCUCCCCACAUGUACUUCCCCAACUCGACCCUCAGACGGCCUGCCAGCACUGAACCGGACAACUAUGAAAUGAAACCCAGACUUGGCGACAGCGCAUGGUCCACUCCAGUUUGA